AUCAGCACCGUUUCGAAUCAACAUUUUUACAUAAUAAAUCCACUAAAAAUAUGUAGAAUAAAGAAACCGCAAUAAUAUAAAUUUACCAAAUUUGAUUGUUCGCGAACUAAAGAAAAGAAAUAAUAAACCCUAAUAUCUGAGCUAUCUACGGCAGUCGAAGUCGGUGAGAAGAAUCUAGGGCUACGGGGUCUCCGAUCAUCUUCAAAUCCUCCGAUUUGGUUGAAACGACUAAUGGCGGAGGAGGCGAGGGCGGCGGUCGAGAGAAACGGUGACGAUCAGAGCGAGACCAGCGACUACACUUCGGAGGACGAGGGGACCGAUGACUACCGCCGCGGUGGAUACCACGCCGUGCGUAUUGGCGACACCUUCAAACACGGGAGAUACGUUAUUCAGAGCAAGCUUGGCUGGGGCCACUUCUCCACCGUCUGGCUAGCUUGGGACAUUCAGAAAUCAAUACAUGUAGCUCUGAAAGUACAAAAGAGUGCACAACACUAUACAGAAGCAGCAAUGGAUGAGAUCACUAUUCUAAAGCAAAUUGCUGAAGGAGAUCCGGAAGAUAAGAAAUGUGUGGUGAAGCUUUUGGAUCACUUCAAGCAUUCAGGGCCAAAUGGGCAACAUGUUUGCAUGGUUUUUGAAUACUUGGGCGACAAUCUUUUGACCCUGAUUAAGUAUUCAGACUACAGAGGGGUACCUCUUCACAUGGUUAAAGAAAUUUGUUUCCACAUUUUAGCGGGAUUGGAUUAUUUGCACCGUCAACUAUCAAUAAUACACACGGAUCUGAAGCCAGAGAACAUAUUACUUCUUUCAAUGAUAGAUCCAGCUAAAGAUCCUAGAAGGUCAGGUGCAGCACUUAUACUCCCCUCCAAGGCAGAGGCAUCUAAAGAUGCUAAGGCUUCUCAUGCUGAUCUGACUAAGAACCAGAAAAAGAAGAUCCGGAAAAGGGCUAAGCGAGCUGCUCAGAAGUGUGCUGGGAAGGAAGAAGCUGAACCAGAUAACGAGGCAAGUGGACCUGAAGACUCUCAGAGGGAUGAUAAACCCGAUGGAGAGUCUAUUGACAAGCGAAGCAAAUCAGUUACAGAAGCAGCCAGUGAUGGGGCAAAUGGUGCAUGCCAAGGAACAAAGGGCAACAAGAGAGGCAGCCGGUCAGCAAGGCAGAAGCUCUUGGCUGAGGUUGAACUGAAAUGCAAAUUGGUGGACUUUGGGAAUGCAUGCUGGACAUAUAAGCAAUUCACUAGUGACAUUCAAACGAGGCAGUAUAGGUGCCCUGAGGUCAUUUUAGGAUCUAAGUACUCUACGUCAGCUGAUAUGUGGUCAUUUGCCUGCAUUUGCUUUGAGCUCGUCACUGGAGAUGUUCUCUUUGAUCCUCAUAGUGGUGACAAUUAUGACCGCGAUGAGGAUCAUUUGGCCCUAAUGAUGGAGCUUCUUGGGAUGAUGCCUCGCAAGAUUGCAUUGGGAGGGCGCUAUUCACGAGAAUUCUUUAAUAGAUUUGGAGAUCUGAGGCAUAUAAGAAGGUUACGGUUCUGGCCUCUCACUAAGGUUCUCAUGGAAAAAUACGAGUUCAGCGAGAAGGAUGCAAAUGAGACGGCAGAUUUCCUUAUUCAGAUACUAGAUUUUGUGCCUGAUAAAAGGCUGACAGCAGCUCAGUGUCUUACUCAUCCAUGGAUCAGCGGAGGCCCCAGGCAGAUCACCCCUUCUAAUAAACUCAAUGAGGUGGAAAAUGGUGGCCCCGAGAACACGACUGAGAAGGAUGAGACGGAGGCAAUGGAAGUCCGAGUGGGGAACAUCGUUAUCGACAGUACAGCAAAAUCAGCAAAAGAUUCCAAAUCGAUGGUAAGCACUGUAGCACCAUGAUAAAUUUUGAUCAGGCAACGUCUUUGAUUUUUACUGGGACUCCUUUCUGGCGCUUCCUUGAUAUCCUCGUACGAACGGCCAUUUUCCCAGUCGACUGGGAUUAUGUCGAGUAACGAAUUCUUUCGACUGUCGAAUGCAAAAGGAGAAAUGGAGAAUGAGGGUGGAAGACAAAUCCUAACUUGCGUUUGACAUACCAGCUAAGAGCAUGAUUGAAAAGCUGCUGCUUGUUUGGGAUAUUUGUUUCUGUAAAAUGUUCGAUUCUUAUGGUUUCCAGAAUUUGCCACAGUACUAAUGCGCUCGGUGUUUUUUUGAACCUUAAUUGUAUAUCUAUGUUGCCUUUUGUCUUUUCCUAAAUUGCUACUACUCCUAUCUUGAUGCCAUUGUUAAACAUUACUUGUAUAUUGAUGAUAUUAUUUUACGCUCA